GAAUCAAACCCUGUGUAUCGCGAGGGCAACCGCGCCUCCUCCACAAGAACCUUCCUGAGACGUACAUUCAUUAAACACGAGUUUCAAUACUUGAAUGUCCUGCUUGUUGGAACAGUGGCAGUGUCUGAUGUGUUUGACUGCACGUUAGAAUGUCUCAGCAAUCCGUUCUGUUUUUCUGUAAACCUGGCCGCCUUCAAAGGAGCCCAUGGAAAACUUUGGUGCGAAUUGUUGUCAUCUGAUAAGUUCAGAAACUCCACAGAGUAUAAAGGGAAUAAAAGUUCGCAUCAUUUUGCCAUUGAGGUAGGAAACAUUUCUUAAUUUUGACAAAUAAACGCGUUAAAAUUUUGACAGCCUUGUCAAGAUCGUAAAGAGAAGGCAGUCAGGUUAAAGCCACUGCAAAUGGUGUCAGUCUGUUGUCGUAUUCAUUGUGGUGACAACCGUAUUUCUAUGGCAUGUUGUAAAGCAUGCAAACACUUUCUCGUGCCGCGCACUAUCUUACUUACUUACCACCUUCUGUUUCCCAGGCACGUCGGCAGACUAAGAAAAUACAUGUGACUCAGUUGAAAAUUUGAGUCAAGAUACCAGAUUCUGUUUGUUUAAAGAAUGGAAUCGUUGUUUAAAUCGUCAGUAUUUGGUCAGCCUUUAGUCAAUUUGUGUGUUAAAAUGUUUUAUCGAUAGACUUCUUCAUUUUCUGCAAACGUUCGAAACAGUUAGAAAAGCUUUCCUGACUUAUAGAUCCCAACGGCUUAGCAAUAUAUUUUAAUCUCCACCUCUCAAAUACCGGCAAAGGCAGAAAACUAAUCCAAAAUUUCAAUACUGAUACUGAAAAAAAACACUGAUGCUAUCAGAUGAGGUAUGUCUAUACCAUAAAAAUUUAUAUUAAAACAAAUCCGGACCGGAUCGACGAAAUAGCGCGCCGCGAUAGGCGGAUUAAUGUACUCCCUAUUUACCGAACAUUUACAAAUUUACAGCUGCCUUUUAAAAUGAACCAUUUUCCUACUUUGUUUCUCUACAGUCACCUUGCUCUUCGUCACCUUGUCAACACGAAGCUACAUGUGUCACAAACUAUAGAGAUGGCUCCUUCAGAUGCCACUGUACAGAAGGCUUCAAAGGAGAAUAUUGUGAAAAAGGUGAAUAGUUUAGUAUGGUGUUAAAUACUAAAAUUCUCAAGUGACUACGAUAAAUUUUUCUGCUUUACCUUGCAGCUCGAAGACUUUAUAAAAAUAGCUAGCGAAAAUAGAUAACUAAAAAACAUUUAAUGCAAUGCAUAAAGAUGUUGAAUCUCGUGGUGCUCAAGUUGAUUAAUCAUCUGACUGCGAAAUCAAAAGGUCUGAGGUGGGGAACUAAAUAUUUAUUUAUAUACAUUAUAUCAUUCAUCUUUUAUCACGAAGGAGUGGGGGGGAAAUGGAGAAUUUUAGAGGAUCACAUGAUUUUCAGGGGGAAAGGAGGGGGAAACAGUUGUCGCCGAAAGAGUUUAAAGGGGGGGACUGUAGAAAUUGGCUGUCAAUUUUAAAACUGCUAACGAGUGGGGAUCGUAAGAAUUUUACAGAGCCUUAACUGAGGGGGGGGGGGGGGGGCGAUCUGUUUAAUUUUAUCGUAACUCAACCAAAAUCCUCUGACCCCCCCCUCCCUCCAUCGGUAGUAAAUUAUAACCGGUACCAAAGUGAUGUUUAUCAUCUCUUAAUGAUCAAAGAUUUUGUUCAUAGUUUGAUACAAGAAUGUAAAACGACUCUACUUUUGUGUCCCCUGCUGGACUGUGAUAGAGCCUGAAUAUCUUAAACACCUGACUUUUGUUUUUUUCUCUUUAUAUUUAGUUAUUGGGUCCUGCAAAGAAGCUUACAACCUUCUCAAGUAAGUGAUACCAAAUUAUUACCCUAUAGAGCAUAAAAAAGAUACAAAAUUAUCGAAUAGUUUCGACGUCGAGAGGAAAUUUUUUGCCGCAAACAAAUAUGAUCACGAAUGGAUUUCUUUUCGCGUCAAACAGGUCAAACGCUAGUCAACUGGUUCCAUUAGACCUUGACUCUAAACCAAUCACAGUUCUCUGUCAGAUGGGGAAUUUUGGAUGUGGAGGUGGAGGAUGGACGCCUGUUAUGAAGAUUAACGGCAGCCAGGUAAGCCUCAUUUGGAGGAAUAUUCUUGGCGGGGUUUUCUUGCGGGUGAUGAAGCGCGAGCAAGACAUUUUCAGAAGCAUCGAAACUACGAGAGAAUCUCUUAGCAACUCGUCCAUAUUCCUCUCGCGGUCCCGCUUACGGAAAUUCUUCUGGCAUAAGUACGACAAUACCCUAAUAUCUAAAAGCGCGACGAAUUGCUAAUUAACCCGCCUACAAGUAGGGUAUUUACACUAACAGUAUUAUUGAUUUCAUGAAGGUCCUGCCUUUGAUGAUGCAUCGUGUUAUUUAUGUUAAAGGAUAAAUUAAAUCUUCUUAAUUCUUUUUAGGCAACGUUUCACUAUGACUCUCACUACUGGAGUGAUAAAAACCAAUACAACACCCCCGGCGGGAGGACUGGGUUUGACUCACAAGAGACCAAGUUACCGACCUAUUGGAACACAUCUUUCUCCAAGAUCUGUCUCGGUAUGAAGAUAAGUGGACGGCUCAGGUUUAUUGUCAUUAACAAGCAGGCCAACUCUCUGCACUCACUGAUUGCUAAUGGGACAUACCGCGCUACUUCACUGGGUCGUAACGAGUGGAAGAAGUUGAUUGGUGCGCAAGGCUCUUUGCAACUGAACUGUAACAAGGAGGGCUUCAAUGCUGGAGGUGACAGAAAUGAUCAUUCUAGAGCAAGAAUUGGUUAUAUUGCUAACCAGGUAAACCAUUGCCACACUUGUGACUCCAGAAUUGGGUUUGGCACCGGAGGAUAUCCUGAUAACUCCACUACGUGUGGAAACGUAGCAGCAGUUCGCCCAGAUAAUGGUGACAGAUACAUAAAAGCUAUGGGAUACAUUUUGGUGCAGUAA